AAGACAUUUACCCAAAAGCAACAAAAAAAUGGCAAAGAUUCUAAUUCCCUUAGUUGCUCUCUUUCUUAUAGCAUCCUAUGCAUCCGGCACAACUCUUCAAGAGAUAUGCAAAGGCACUUCCGACGCCAAAUAUUGCGAAGGAUUGCUUAAAAGAACGGUAAACAAGUCGACAACUUUCAAGUCAAAAGAAUUGAAGAAGAUGGUCAUCGAUCGGGCACUGAUAAAAGUCAAAUUUGCCAUUGCUUAUGCCAUUAAGAGGAGUAACCCCAAAGGCCCAACUUAUAAAGUCUGUAUUAACUUCCUUUCUCAAGCUACCAGUUUGAUCGCAAAAGGUAAUCUUAUUGAUGCACAAUCAUACGUCACCGAUUGUGCUAAUUCUCUGGACGACACAGCUGCAGAGACGCUUGGGGUUAAAAAGUUGGUAGAUGACGCUUCUAAAGCUACUCUAGUCGUAGGCGACAUUGUCAGAAAGGUUUGAGUUUGGCACAAACACAUAAUAAUAAUGGAUUGUGAAAUUACUCUUUAUUAGAUAUUCCAUCCUCCAGGGUAAAAGGGUUGGGUGGGGUGAUUAAGAGAUUAGGAUGAGAUUGUUAUUACUAGGAGGCCAAAAGUUCAAUUCUCUUUGGGGCCAUUAAUUUUUUUUACUUUUUUUUAUUUUUAUUUUUAAAAAAAAACAUCUCAUUAUCAAAAUCAUUCUCUCUGUUAAUUCAUGGUCGACCUCAGUUACGUAUGCAAAUCCAGAAUAAAAUUGCACAAUUUUGUUAAUUAGGAAACUUUUUUGCAGUUUUCCUUGGUAAAAGAGGUAUUCUUGUGUCAAGGUUUAUUGUUGAUACUUCCAGAAUAAUGAUAUUUCAUCAAUUUAAU